AUGAGAGCCGUGUGUGUUUGGUUAUGUGUGGUGCUCUGGAUGGGCAGCCUUGCAGCAGCGGGACACCGACUCAACGACUCUUCACUUCUGGGAGAGGGGAUGUUUUCUUACACGGCGCAUUUACUGAACGUUUCGGGGCAGUUGGGUAACCGGACUUCUCCAGUUUUCCUCAUGGACUUUGACGAGGGGAUGCUGGAGGACUGGCGCUCUUUGGCCAGUAAGAAGCGCCGCGACGCGGAGUCGCAGGACGGCGGAGUCAAGGCGCUGCUGGUGGCCGCAUACUCUCUGAUCAUCGUGAUCUCCUUGUUCGGGAACACUCUCGUGUGCCAUGUGGUGGUGAAAAACAAGCGCACCCUGUCCGCCACCAGCUUGUUUAUCAUGAACCUCGCUGUGGCGGAUAUCUUCAUCACUGUCCUCAAUACGCCAUUCACCCUGGUCCGGUUUGUGAACAGCACGUGGGUGUUUGGGAGGACAAUGUGUCACAUCAGUCGCUUUGUACAAUACUGCUCCCUGCACGUCUCUACUCUCACCCUCACCGCCAUCGCAGUGGACCGUCGACAGGUGAUUUUGCACCCUUUGAGACAUCGCAUGUCCCCGACACAAGGUGGUGUUUGGGUCGCUGUUAUAUGGAUGAUGGCCAGCUGCUUCUCCCUCCCUCAUGCAAUUUACCAAAAACUCCUGACUUUUGCAUACAGCAAGGAAAAGGAGCGCAGUGUUUGUGUCCCAGACUUCCCAGAGCCAUCAGAUGUCUACUGGCAGUAUAUUGACCUCCUGACCUUCAUAUUACUUUACAUGCUGCCACUCCUCAUCAUCACUGCCUCCUACACCACAGUGGCCUGCCGGCUGUGGCGCCACAACACCAUCGGUGACACCACAACAGCUCAGCACGCCGCUCAGAGAAAAAAGCGGCGGCGGACGUUGGCCAUGUUGCUGCUGGUGGUCGGGGUGUUUGCCGUCUGCUGGUUCCCCCUCAACUGCUAUGUGGUGCUGCUGUCCAGCCAGGCCAUUCACUCCUCUAACGCCCUGUACUUCUGCUUUCACUGGCUGGCUAUGAGCGCCACCUGCUACAACCCUUUCAUCUACUGCUGUCUGAAUCCAGCCUUCCGCAAGGAGCUGAGGCUCCUCUUCAACAUGUGCAGGAGGAAACAGAGGGCGGUGGUCGGGUUGGAGCCAGAGCUCCGCCCCAUUGCUCCUCCUUGUCGCAGGACUGCCUGGCCCGACAACCACGAGUCUUCGAGGCCAAGGCAUGCUUUGUCACACACGGGCCAUGCCUCCUCACAGCAGAGUCACAGCUCCUCCAGUCAAUCCCAAAACCUUAAAGAUACACAUGUGCUCUUCACGGCCAGACAGGUCCUCACAGGAAAAAUUGACAUCCUCUCAGUGGAGCCUAUCGUGGCUGUGAGCUGA